UCUCCAUCGCCAGACACCGCCAUCCCCUCGUGCGAGCCCGACGACGACGCCGCUCUCUCCUUUUCCGCCACGCCCAUAGCCUCCGGGCUUGAAGCGCCGCUGUACGUCCGUGCCGGCUCCGUCACUGCUUCCAGCGUGCCCCCGCGCCUUCAGACCCAGGCCCAAGCCUACAUCAACUCGUCUCUUGUCUCGGCCGACUACGCUUCGUCCAUUGCCUCGUCUCCCGGCGCGUCCUUCUACCACGAGCCUUCCGUCGAUAGCAGCGAUCGAGGGGGAGACGACGCGGGUUCCGUGCAGGCCUACGCCAGGAGCCAGUCACCUUUCCUCAUCUCUAAGAGGGCCAUUAUGAACGGAGAUGCUGAGCUGCCCCAACGUUCAUCCUCUCCACUAAAACGACGAGCAUCCAGCAUGGAUCCCGAAACCAUCCCAGACAAGAACGGCGAUGUUGCCAGCACCACUGGGGACGUGGAGAUGACAUCCUCAUCCAACCCCACGGCGGAGCUGCCCCGCGCUAUGAGUGUUGACAUUGUUGAAGUUGCGGAUCCCAAACCGCUGACCAACGGCACCGAUACCUCUGUUCGAUCUGCCCCUCCCCCACUCAUUGAGCAGGUCAAGAUAAUUGAAACGCUGCUCAAGGCUUCAGCAGAUAAUCUGCCAAAGGAGGGCGAUAAAGCCUAUCUCGUAUCGCGUACAUGGGUAGAUAAGGCACUAUCUUUACGUUCAGGCAAGGCGGACACAACCGAAGUGUCAUUGGGCCCAGUCGACAACUCAGACAUCAUCGAGCAAGUCAUUCAAGAGCCUGGCCGUGAAGAUUUUGUUCGCCUCAAGCCUGGCCUUGAUCAAGAAUAUUUUGAGCUCUUCCCCGAGGAUGCCUGGAAAAUGGUCAUGGACUGGUACGGUAUCGAAGAGGGACAAAAACCCAUUGUCCGAACGGCCAUUAACAUUGCUACCGACGCUCAGUCCCCGGCUGAAGUUGUCUUUGAGCUCCAUCCCCCUGUUUUCCGAGUGCAUCGCCUUUGGUCCGAGCUCAGCCCGCUGCCAAUUGAGCAGUCCCUCAAAGCCGACAACCCCCCUCCCCUCGCCUUGGCCAGAAGCCGCAAAUAUCACGCACAAACUUUUAUCAAGGAUAUAAAACGACUUGCUGGCGUUCCGACCGACCGCAAGAUUCGAUUGUUCGUGGUUAACACGGAACAGCUUGGAACGAACAUUGCUCAACCUCCGGCUGCACUAACAACGCCGCCCGACUCUCCUGAUCGCGAUCAAGCUGCAGAUGGGCCAACAAAUUCUUCCUGGUCACACCUGCUCCUUGACGUUCCUUCGUUCGCCAGCGUCCAGGAUGCCAGACAGAAAUCCACACUUGAGGAUCAGACUGUAAACCCCAACUAUAAUGGCUCCGCCUCUAUCCAGAUCUUUGAUCUAGUGACUGAUGAGACCCUUGUUGUUGAUGAAAUGGUCGACAAGAACCUCUGGGUGAGCACCUGCAACAGCCGGUCACUCGAGAAAGCAAUACCCACGAGGACCAAUAACACUUCAUUGUCCAAGUCUUUGAGCAACCGGAGCAGUCCCAGCUCUUCAGAUGGACCCGCCACUCGUGGCAGGAUGCAAAAAAAGAGAAAUGGCCGGAGCCUUGGCGCUGUGGGUUUGCAGAACCUGGGAAAUACUUGCUACAUGAAUUCUGCCUUGCAGUGCCUCCGCGCCAUUGAAGAAUUGUCGAAAUAUUUCAUGACAGGGACGUUCUCUGCCGAGCUCAAUAAGACCAAUCCCCUAGGCUACAACGGAAGAGUCGCUAUGGCCUACAAUGGACUACUGAGAGAUAUCUAUGAUGAGGGCAGAGGCUCUGUUGUCCCUAGAGAUUUUAAAAGCACUGUCGGCCGCGUUCGUUCCACCUUUGCUGGCUGGGGUCAACAAGACUCGCAGGAAUUUCUCGGCUUCCUUCUCGAUGCCCUCCAGGAGGACCUUAGUCGUAUCAAGAAUAAGCCAUACAUUGAGAAGCCAGAUUCUACGGAUGACAUGAUCAACAACCCAGCGGCAAUCAAGGAGAUGGCAGACAAAGUGUGGGAUAUUACCAGACAACGAGAUGAUUCCGUCAUUUUUGAUUUGUUUACGGGAAUGUACAAGUCGACCCUCAAGUGUCCCGUGUGUGGUAAAAUCAGCAUCACGUUCGACCCCUUCAACAACUUGACACUACCCCUGCCUGUUGAGAACAUGUGGGCCAAGACUGUUACAUUCUUCCCCCUUAAUGAUGUUCCCGUCAAGUUUGAGGUUGAACUGUCUAAGCAUAGCUCGAUCGAGACUCUGAAGUCAUUCUUAUCAAUUCGCACAGGUGUACCGGUGAAUCGUCUGAUGGGUGCUGAAGAAUUUAAGGAUAAGUUCUUCAAAAUCUACGAAAACAGCGGAGACGUAUCAGAAGAGAUUGGCAAUUCUGAUAUUGCGACAUUCCACGAGUUGGAGGCAGUGCCUACCAAUUGGCCUGCUAAAGGCUACCAGAAAAAGCCUCGCUCAAUGUUGGACCUCGACGACACCCCACCUGAACCCGCCGAUGAAUGGGAUGACCCCAGGUAUGAAAGAAUAGUAGUGCCGGUUCUCCAUCGACGAACACAAAGCACCAGCAAAGUGACUGAAGGCACUUCUCCUCCGCACUUCAUCGUCUUGACGAGGGAGGAAGCGUCAAACUAUGAUAUUAUCGUGCGCAAAGUAUUGGAAAGAGUGGCAACCUUUUCUACCUGGUCAAAGUUUCACCAGCAGCAAAAUUCCGAAAGUUCAGACGCUAAUGAGGCUGACAUGGUCAUCACUACUGCAUCUGAUGCCGACUCUUCUGCAGACUCUAAGAUUGUUGCAGCAUCCGUCGAGGGAGAAGAUGACCUGGUAGAUGUGACCAUGAAAGAUGCCCAGAGUAAUGUUAAUGUCAUGCCUCCGCCUGAGCUGCCUCUACCCAAUCAGCCACAGCUUCUUCGUCAAUUCAACACGCAGCGUCCCAAGUUUGUUCAACCCGGCGAAUUCCUCGACCCGGAGCUCCAGGGUCUCUUUGAGCUGAGCUAUUUUGCCGCCACGGCCGAUGGCCCUGUUCCGACCGGUUGGUCCAAUGUUGACAACAGCAGAACUCUUCCAAAGCUUGCGGAUCGUAUCCCAGAACCACCCGCUAAGGAGGACGAAGACCAGCCAAGCCCUGAGAGCUGGAACAGCACUGCGUCUGGCAACGAGGAAAGCAGCAACGAAGAUGAGAGCCCUCAACAAGAGUCUGUACAGACACGCAUGGCGGACGAGUCCAGUGAAGAUGAUUUGCCUCACGGCCAAUUGGCCCGCACCGGUGGUAACCGGCCUCCUCAGAAGCUCGCUGGUGGAAGGAAGAAGUUCAAGAACCAUAAAACGUAUGGCAAAAAGGGCAAUAAGCGUCGUGACAAGCAAAUGCGGGCUGGAAAGCACGCGCAGCGCUCACCAGUCGUCAACUCUGAGCCAACACCCCCAGCAGUUGCCGACGGCGGUCCAUUAAUUCGACUUCAAGAAGGCCUUGUAGUGGACUGGACUGAGGAGGGUUGGGAGACUGUUUUUGGCUACACUGGAAAGAAGCAGGAUGAGAGCCUGGGAGCCAAGACCUUUGUCGACCUGGAAACCGUAAACGACCCGGCCCUUAAGAUCAGCCAGAGGCGGCGCCAAACUCGUCGAUCUCGAGGCAUCACCCUGGAAGAGUGUCUGGACGAGUUUGAAAGAGCUGAAGUUUUGUCGGAGCAAGACAUGUGGUACUGCCCACGAUGCAAAGAACACCGAAGGGCCAGCAAGAAAUUCGAUCUCUGGAAGUCACCAGACUACUUGAUUUGCCACCUCAAGCGUUUCAGCAGCUCUGGAUGGCGACGAGACAAGUUGGACGUGCUAGUCGACUUCCCCAUUGAAGGGCUCGACCUCUCCUCGAGAGUCAUCCAAAAGGAAGACGGGAAAGAAGAGAUUUACGACCUGAUUGCAGUCGAUGACCACUACGGAGGGCUGGGCGGAGGUCACUACACCGCGUACGCGAAGAAUUUUGUCGAUGGGCGGUGGUAUAAUUACAAUGAUUCUUCCGUUUCAGCUGUUUCCGACCCUUCGUCGGUAGUGACUAGCGCAGCGUAUCUGCUUUUCUACCGCCGCCGGACCAGCGGUGGUAGCCACCUGGGAGGACCGCAAUAUGCUCAAAUUUUUGAAAAGUACAACACGGAUACGACCGCUGAGGACGAGGGCGAAUCCGCCGACGACGACAGCCUUGGUCGAGGCACGCCGUUGAAGGUCGGCGUUACUCACACCACAAUCAAGUCUCUUUCCGAUAGCCAGGAUGGAGCUCUGCCGCCAUAUGAAGAGGCAAUCCGUAGCAUUGAGGAUGAAGGUCUGGGUGCUCCAAGCAACUACCAAGCAGCGGGGCCAAAGUCUCUCGACAUGACACAGAGCUGGAGCUUUAGCGGGCUCGAUAACAGCGGAGCUGAGGGAUCUACAGCUGCCGAGUAUCCCAGCGAUGAUGCGCAAUUCGAAUCAUCUGGUGAUGAGCGGAGUGGCUCUAAAGGAGACUUGUUUGAAGCUGAUGCUCACAUGACAUCGGCUGGCUCUGCCAACGGAUUUGUGGACGGGGAAGCACCAUCGCCUGCGGACGCCCACGAUGAUGUUCUGACGGUGCCUACGGGACCUCCCAGCGGCGACGAUGAAGACGAGGUUGCCGAAAUCCACCUUGAGGGUGAUAACGCCUCCCGGACCGACUGA